AUGAGCGUGUCUGUCAACGCGGUUGAUUUGUUCAGCGUCAAUGGGUUGGUAGCAGUAAUCACAGGCGGGGGAAGCGGUUCGUCUCUCUAUCCAUAUCUGUACAGUUUCAUCGUGGCGGUGCUGCGUAAUAAAAUGUUAGCUGACAGCCGCGAAGGUAUUGGCCUUAUGAUGGCGAAAGCACUUGAAGCCAAUGGAGCAUUAAAAGUCUACAUCAUCGGACGACGCCUGCAGACUCUACAGACAGCAGCAAAGCAGGGAAAGUUCGGAAAUAUAAUACCACUCCAAGGCGACGUAACCUCAAAGGAGGACCUUACCCGUAUCGUAAAACACAUCGAAUCUGAGACUGGCUAUGUCGAUCUCCUAGUCGCAAAUGCUGGAGUAAGCGGUCCUGAUCUUACUGGACUCUCCUUCAAUUCAUCUCUGCUCGAAGUUCGCGACAAGCUCUGGUCGCCAGACUUUGACGUGUUUGCUGGUACGUACGCAGUCAAUACAGCAGCAACGUUCUUCACUAUCGUCGCCUUUUUAGAGCUGCUGAACAAGGGCAAUCAGAAAAAUGAAGGGAGCGGAAAGCAAAGAAGCCAGAUCGUGGCUACGAGUUCAAUAUCAGGCUUUAAUAGAAACGUACCAGGCGGCUUUGCGUAUGGAGGAAGCAAAGCAGCAACGACACAAAUGAUGAAGCAAUUCGCGACAUUUUUGGCUCCAUGGGGAAUAAGAAGCAAUGUUAUAGCACCUGGGAUAUAUCCUUCAGAAAUGACGACUGCGAACUUGGCGAGAGAGGAUGAGGAACCAAAGAAGGUUUAUCCCGCAUCUGUAAUACCAGAAGAGAGGAUUGGUGAUGAACAAGACAUUGCGGGAGCAAUUCUGUUCCUUGCGUCGAGAGCUGGGGCCUACUUGAAUGGGAACGUAUUAAUCACAGAUGGAGGAAGGUUGAGUGUUAUGCCUUCUUCGUAUUAG